CUUUCCUACUGCUGGCUCACAAUAGGUGGCAGUAAUUCACCAAUGUUAGAUGCCACCUGCCAUAAAACCACACUGAAGUAGAAGACACUAAGAUUGUAGCAACACAUGGUGCUCAUACAAGUCCUCCAAACAACUCUCUUUGGUGAUCUGUGGAGUCCUAUUCCCAGCAUGGUGACAUUUCUUGGGGCUGUGCUGUUUCUGCUGGCCGUCUACAUUCUCUCCUUCGGUUCCAGUUCUGAGGAGCAGGGGAUAAAUCCUCCUGGACCCAGGCCACUGCCCUUGCUUGGUAACAUGCUCAUUAUGGAUCUCAAGAGACCCUACCGUACUCUCUGUGAGCUUUCCAAAAAAUAUGGCCCUGUCUUCAUGGUGCACUUUGGCCCCAAGAAAGUGAUCGUUCUGGCGGGAUACAAGACGGUUAAAGAUGCGCUGGUUAACCAGGCAGAGGACUUUGGGGACAGGGACAUCACUCCACUGUUUCAUGUUCUCAACCAAGGACAUGGGAUUCUGGCUGCCAAUGGAGACUCAUGGAAAGAGAUGAGGCGCUUUGCCCUGACAAACCUUAGGGACUUUGGAAUGGGCAAGAAAGGGAGCGAGGAGAAAAUCUUGGAAGAAAUUACUUACCUAAUUGAAGAAUUUAAAAAACAUGAGGGGAAUGCAUUGGACACCACCAAGCCUGUGACCUCUGCCGUCUCCAAUAUAAUCUCAGCCAUUGUGUUUGGCAGCAGGCUGGAAUACACUGACCCCCUAUUCAUUGGUAUGGUGAAUAGGUCUAAAGAAAAUCUACGACUUAUGGGCUCUGCAUCAAUUCAGAUAUACAAUAUGUUUCCCUGGUUGGGACCAUGGAUAAAGAACCUGAUGUAUAUAAAAAAGAAUGUUGUCGAGGCAAAGGCGGAUUUAAUGGAGAUCGUUAGGGGCCUGAAGGAGACUCUCAACACCCAGAUGUGUAGAGGCUUUGUGGACUCAUUCCUUGUCCGAAAACAUACCCUGGAGGAAUCAGGCAACAUGGAUUCUCUCUACCAUAAUGACAACCUGGUGUUUAGUGUGGCUAACCUGUUUGUUGCUGGUACUGACACCACCGGGAACACCUUGUGCUGGGGUCUAUUGCUCAUGGCCAAGUACCCCCACAUACAGGACAAGGUCCAAGAGGAGAUCAGCAGGGUUAUAGGAAGUCGUCAACCUUUGGUAGAAGACAGGAAGAACCUGCCCUACACUGAUGCUGUGAUACAUGAGACCCAGAGAUUGGCCAGCAUUUUACCCAUGUCUAUCCCUCACACCACCAGUCGAGACAUUACCUUCCAGGGAUAUUUCAUCAAGAAGGGGACGUGUGUGAUUCCUCUACUGACGUCUGUUCUUCAUGAUGAGGGUGAAUGGGAGAGCCCCCACACCUUUAAUCCCGCCCACUUUCUGGAUGAGCAGGGCAGAUUCAUCAAGAAGGAAGCCUUUAUGGCUUUUUCUGCAGGUCGUAGGGUGUGUCUGGGGGAGAGUCUGGCCAGGAUGGAGCUUUUCCUCUUCUUCACUUCCCUCCUGCAGCGCUUUCAUUUCUCCCCUCCUCCUGGAGUAACAGAGAAUGAUCUGGACCUCACUCCAGCUGUGGGGUUCACACUCGGUCCUUUACCCCAACAGCUGUGUGCUGUGAGUCGGGUCUGAGGAGAGAGACUCAGUGACUCAGGACAACACUAAAUAAUUAAAUGGAGUCUUCAUGUAGGGCAACAAGCUGAGAUCAAAAAGAAAAUGUAAUGUAUUGUUGAUUCCAAUAUCGCAGCCUAAACCUUGCUAAAGUCCAUGGUGCCUCAGAUCAUAGACUAUGCAUUUAUGACCUAAACAUUGAUACGUCCCGCAAUUUAAAGUGAAUAAUAUUAUUGCCCUCACUGGACUCGAAACCAGGUCUCCCACGUGAGAAGCAGUGUCCUUAACCACUACACCACAGUGGUAUACAUUUGCCCAGUGUGGUAUAGCAUCUCGACAUUGUUAAUUUUUUCAUGCAGUAACAUCACAUCAAGUUUAUUUUGCUAGACAUCAUUAAGAAUUGUGUUAAUCUGACUAACGUUUCUUAUUAAGCUUACCUCCACCACAAAUCGCAACUAUAAAAUGUAUAGCUUUU